UCAACUAACUACUUAUAAAUACAUAAAAACUAAAAGAACUCCUCAAAACAUUGCAGUUCACCGCCGAAAUAACAAAAAUGUACGCAUUCACUUGUCUUGUUGUCUUCGUAGGCAUUUUCAGUGUCAGUAACUCUCUUAUUGGUUUAGAGAGUGGAGGUGCAUCCGCAGGUGGUAGUGUAAAAGUUGGGGGUCGUUUUGGACUAGGAGGAUUAGGAAAAAUAGGUGGUUCAGCAGGAGGUUUGAUUGGAGGUGCAGAAGGAGUGCUUGGAGGAGCUGGUUCUAAAAUUGGUGGUUUGCUCCAGAACAAACAACAGAUUAAUGAUGGUCUUUUCGGUUCUUCGGAUGAGUCAUCAUCAUCAUCAUCCUCUUCAAGCAGCGAAGAGCAUAACAAACGAGGAAAGAAAAACAAAGGCAAGAAGGGCAAAGGCAAAAAGAAUGGACGUGGAAUCGAUAAACACUCUGGAAUUGGAUCCCACAAUGGAAUUGCCACACCAGUUCUCAACUUACUCGGAUUAACGAAGACCGUAUGUCACAUCAGCUACGCAGGAGAAGCUGCUAUUGAAAAAUUGGGUAAUUUCGCAAUUGGAAUGAACUACGAAGUCCGAAAGCUCGAUCACGCCAUUGCCAACUAUGUCACCGACAAUAUAAUCCUAAAAGCUGUGGAUACAAUAAGAAAGGGACACAAUGAUGUCGUAAAAUUCAUUGUUGGCACUCAUGUUGCAUUCACCAAGUUUGCUACAAACACGAUCAUAGAAGUGUAUAGAACUACAAAGUCUCCCAUAAGGGAAUUAUUGGCAUGUUAAUUAAAUAAAUCUCGUGAUAUAUAGUUGAA